GGCCGCUGGACUGCGCCGCGAACGGAGCCGAUCCUUGUGUGUCCCACGGGAGCCUCCUCAGACCCUCAGCCCUCAGGACUGCAGUCCCGACACCGUAAGUCCAGAAGUCCAGGCUUGCCCGUCGACUCCUCUCCUUCUCGCUCUUCUCGGUCUUCUCGCUCUUCCUUCUCUCUCUCGGCCAUGGCAGACGACAUGUCUCACUCCGUGACCGUGACCCGGACCACCACCACCAGCACCACGUCGGCCAUCCUGCUCAACACGGGCUACUUCAAGACGUACCCCGGGCUGCUCAAGCUCUUCGAACUGCUGAUCGGCGCGGUCAUCAUCGGCAUCACCGCCUACUACAGCAACUAUGCGCACAACUACCCGACGUCGUCGCCAGAGGUCUUCCUCUGCAUCGUGGCCGUCACGUGUCUGGUGGGGACGGGGUGCUUACUGCUGUCGUGCAUCUUGUCCAUAUCAAGUGCCUCCAUCCUACCCAAGACCAUUUUCGAGGUCAUCUUCCAUUUUGUAGCGACCGUCUUGUACCUGGCGGCUAGCAUUAACUUCCUUGUAGAAGUUCAGCGCCGGUCGCGUUACUACGGUAGUAGUAACUACGAGGCCUACCUUGCCGCCGCCAUUCUCGGACUCAUCAACACAGUGCUGUACUUCCUCAGCACAGCAUUGGCGUACCGCAGCUACAAGGGGAAGUAAGCCGUGGGCGAGAGCAACAAGGGACUCAGGGAACAGCAGCAAACGGAAGAAGGAACUCAAAAGGCGGUAUUAAGUUUUUAAAACGACUUCCUUAUCUGCAUUACACCCUCUCACUCUAUCAUUGACAAAUAUUAUCCUUUUUAAGAAAAAAAAGGGAAACGUUUUCAAGAUUUAACCAAAAUACCGGUGCGGUGAAGCGCUGUAACGAUUAAGGCGCACAUGUAGUUUAAGUAUCUAAAACACAACAAUAGAAUUUCUAUGUCUUAGGUCACCGACUUCGUAGUAAUCUCGUUCGUGCUGUGUUUUUUUACUGCCUUCCGUUUCUAAAUAAUUCUCGUGCUUUCCAUGACAGUGACUGAUUACAUUCAUUUGUAAGGAUGCCUUCUUUCCAGUAUUGGUAUCUUUUGUUAUUUGUUUUUGCGGCGCUACUCUUAAAAGGCCAUUUUUACUAGAAAGUGUCUGUAUCCGUAUUCUGUAAGUUAAGCCUCCUGACCUACCAAGUUCUGUUACAAAGGAUAUUAGUUCCUAGGUGCUAAAAGACAGCCUUUCCGUAGUGGCCACAUCGUUGUAUCAUAUUUGUAAAUAUAAUGCUUUUCUAUUUAUUUGUGCGAGCUGUCCACCGUCCGUGUCUUACUUCAGAUAUAAGAGUUAUUUAUCGUAUCGAUUUCUUACUGUUUAAGUUGGAUGCAUCACAAAUAUUGAAAUAGUGCCGUUAUAUUGUCUAGUUAGCUUUUAAUAGACAUUUGUACAUAAUUUCUUUUAUUCAAAAUUAGUACAGUGUUCAUUUCGUUUUGAAGUGUCAGAAAAUAAAUAAAGCACCAAU